UUAAGAAAUUAUCUAAAGUCUAAUUUAAUCGUUAAAUAUUUUUUAUAGCUCAGAAUGCUAUUAAAAAACAAUAUUUUACAAUUAAUGGUCACAAUCAUACUAUUCAAACUGCUUAUAUAACUGAAGAUUGGAUGGCUCAAAACACUGUUCUUUUAAAUGAUGUUAUCAUGAUGACAGGUGUACAUUCAAGAUAUAACGAAGUUGAUGUUUUAUCAAAAUUGCCAAAGACUAUUACAAAACAUAUUCAAAAAAUUUAUUUAUAUAAAGAGAAAAGUCUAGCUGUUGUAACAGUUUUGAACAAAGAAGCUCAAGACAAAGUUCUUCAAUUUGAACAUAAUAUAACAAUAGAUGGAAAAGCAAUUAAAUUAAGUGCCGCAAACCUUGUUGUGCAGUUUCCCACAGGAAAUGAAGACAUAUCAUCUAGUAGAUUUGCAGAUAAUGAGGAGUUGCGUUAUUCUCUGAGAUCUCUGGAAAAACAUGCACCAUGGAUUCAUCAUGUUUAUAUAGUUACAAAUGGACAGAUUCCCCAUUGGUUAAAUCUUGAUAAUCCUAGAAUAUCUAUUAUCACACAUGAGGUAUGUUUUUAUAAAAGUAAUAAUAACACAGGUCAACAAAAAAAAAAAUUUUUUUUGGUGCCUAGGAUUUUAGAACUGAUUUUAGCUAUAUUUGGGUCGCUGAAUCCAAAUAUGAAAUCAAUUUUUCUCUAUCAGCUCUACUUUUUUAGUAUUAGGUCUGUAAAACUUGUACAGAACAUUUACGACAGUGGACUAAUGGGAAAAGAAAAAGUCUGAAAUUUGGCGUACCAAUGGUUUGGAGAGAACCCAAAAAUCACUUUAAUGACUGUUAUUUCUGUCUAGUAAAUAUUAAUGGAAUCAAUCGUAACAACUGUAGCAAGUGGACUUAUCCUGAUUUAGUCUCUGCAAGACGCCCGGUCCCUCACUCACAGGAAGUGCCAGUUCCAUCAUUUCACCAGCUACCAGAGCUCUGUGAGGACGAGUAUCCCUCUGAUCCUAAUGAAGGUGACUGUGAUUACGAGAGAAUGUCAUCAAUUCCUCAAUGUUUCAACCAGGAUGAGUUAAAUGACCUCACCAGAGAUCUUAACCUGCCAAAAGAAGCUUCUGAAUUAUUGGCUUCUGGGUUGAAGGAGAAAAAUUUACUGGAGCAAGGAACCAAAAUUACCUUUUACCGUACAAGAGAAAAGGAUCUGCUACCCUUCUUCUCUCAAGAAGAUAAUUUUGUGUUUUGUCACGAAAUUAGAGGACUCUUGGAAAAAAUGGGCCUUCUUGAAUAUUUUUCAGAUGAUUGGCACCUAUUUAUUGACAUCUCAAAACGAAGAUUGAAAUGUGUCCUUCUACACA